AUGGAGGGACUGGAGGACCCGCGGCAUGCCCUGAGGGGCCUGAACGGGAGGCUGAGGGCGUUCCUGGAGCAUGUGGCGCAGCUGCAGCAGGCCAACGGCAGGCUUCAGGAGCAGAUCACUGAGCGGGGCCAUGGGAACGUGCUGACAGGCCGGCAAUGGAGUUCCCGGGAGAGGAAUGUGGAGGAGCUCCGAGCUCAGAUUAAUCGGACCCUAAUGGAAAAUGCUAAAUUGGUUCUGACCUCUGAUAACAUGAAAUCCAGCAUCGCUCAGAUGCAGAGCAGGUGUGAGGUAGAGGAGAAGCUACAGAAGCGUAUAGAGCAGCAGGUGUUAGGGUUGAGGCAGAGGAAGGCAGACAUCGAGCUGGCCAACAGUCUUCUAAAGAAACAGCUAACCUCCUCUGAACAAGAGCUACAGACCAUGCAGGAAGAACAGGAGAGGGAGCUGUUUCUGCUGCAGCAGCAGGCAGCAGUCGAAAGCGACGCCGUGCUUGCGCAGGCCGCUGCAUGGGAGGAUGGCAGAGGCAUGGAGCUCCCGCGCAUCAGCACGCAGCGCGAGUACUCCGGCCCAGCUCCCGGCACCCCUGGCUCAGCUGCGCACCCAAAUCCAGCCCCAGGCUCCAGGCCUGCGUCGCAGACCCACACCAGGAAGGACAAGGGCAGCCCCAAUGGAGACGCACCGCCACAGGUGAGACAAGGUAACAAAACCUUGCAGGAGGCGAGGGCGGAGCUUACAGAAGUCCGAAAACGCUGGCAUAGUUUACAGGUGGAGAUGGAAUCUUUACAUGCCCUGGAGCGCGGUCUCCAGAGCUCCCUGCUCCACACACAACACCACUACUCCCUGCAGCUGCGCGACCUCUCCCACUCCGUGCACGACUUGGAGGUGGAGCUGGAGGGCAUGCGUGAUGGGCUCGCUGUGCAGAGGCAACAACACAGCCAGCUGCUCAACACAAAGAUGAAGCUGGAGAGAGAGAUCGCCACCUACAGGAGACUGCUGGAACAUGAGGAGGGCAGAUUUCUGGGUGUGGGUGGUCAGACACAGAAACUGAGACCUUGGCGAGGGUCCACCCCAUUGCUUCUGCAGAAUGGUUUGUGUAACGGGUCCGAGGAAUGUGUCUCCCAGGCCGCCUUCCCUGGGAAAUCAGCCAGUCAUGGCCAGACACAGACCCAGGAAGGCAGCCUCGUCAUUCUCACAGAGCCCAUACAGAAUAAAGGUGGGAAAAUUUGCACAGUAAAGACUCAGGAGAUUCUGGAGGGCAAUGUGGUGCGAGAGAGUGCAGAAGGGCACGGGCGAGUGGAAACGGAGAAGAUCGAUAAGGUCAUCAAACAGUGGGAGGGUUCAUUUUUCAAAGGCAACCCGAAGCUGAGGAAGAAAUCAGUGUCUCUGCGAUUUGACCUGCACAUGGCUGUAGCAGACGAGGGCUGUGGCCAGACCAGUCAGGACAGCCUCCCAGAUGUAGAGGUUCGCCUCGUCAUGAGACGCUGCAGGAGCAUCCCCUCCAUAACGCAGUGACCUCGCAAUCACACUCCGCCCUUGCUGCGAUGAUGACCCCACGUUUCCCUCUAGCUGCAAAAGUUUUUUUUUUUUCUUUUCUGGAUGGCUCAAUAUGAUGACAUCACUGUGUUUACAUUAAAGACUUUUAGCGUCUGGGAGGAAUAAUGUUAAUAAUGAGCUGAGUGCCACAGAUUUGCACAUUUGUUCAGAAGCGUUUGCACCACAUGUAAUUUAAAAUGAAUAUUUUGUCCUUAACUUCAGACAUGAAUGGCAAACCAUAGUUCCAAACAGAAGCUUCUAUAUAAAAGUGUUAAAAGUUCACUGUGAUGAAUUGUGAAAUGAAACAAACAUUAGACUUUUUUUGGAUAACUUUGGUCUAGGGCAGUCUGACGAAAAAGGUCCAGUAGAAUGCAGCUGGGGAGGAGAUACGUCAUUUAUAAUUCAGAAGAGAAGGGAAAGCUUUCAUUUGAUUUCCACUUGAAAGCACAGUGUACAGAGGGGCAGUAAGUUAGCGUUACUGCAGCUACUGCUGAUAUUCUGAGGCUGUCCAUCCAUACAGCUCACAGCCGUUAGUGCAAAACAAAUUGUGUUACUGACGUUGAUGCAAAGAACUACUCUGGCUGCCACCAUGAUCCACUUUCAAAACCUCACUGCAGGACAAAAGCUGAGCUGACUCGAAAUCCUCACUGCAGUAGAAGAAUUUUAAAAAAUUUCUGCUCCCUUCUGAAAAAGACAGAGAAAUCAAAUUUUUCACCUCAGUGGACCCUAUGAUAAGUGUGGGCAUUCGAUUUCUGCGAGCAUGCUUCAGCAUGCCAGAGCUGAGUGGUGUGCUAAGAAGAACUGCUUGCUAAGCGAAAUGCAGCAGCCAUAUUCAAAAUCAGAUUUAUAAGGAGUCAUAGUGACAUCCUCUCACUGUUCACCGCUAUCUGCCCUUUGGUUUACUGGAUAAGGUUAAAUGCAGAUCCAUCGAGCGUAUCCGGUAAUGUAGGCUUGGAUAAAGAAGGGGCUGUGUAUACAAACACUGUUAAUGCCUUUAUAUGAAUAGCAAUGUAAUCUUCAUCUCCACGAUUAAAGGGUAAACCAACAGAUGUUUAGUGUGUGCACAUUUGAAACGUCUUCCAAACCCGUGUAGAUUAAAAGAGCCGUGAUUACUAUGUUUUACAUGACUAAUACAAAAAAGCUAAUAUUUAAAAGCUAACAGUGACUAAAUAAUAUAUGCUGCAGUAGUUUUAUAUUUGAUUUCAUUUGGAAUCAGAAUGUAGCCUGAACCAACAGCCUGAACACCAGGUGGAAUUCAGCUGAACUGUAGUUUCAAACAGAUCUUUAGUGGGAAUGUUAUGUCUGUGAUUUUGUUUCUUUGUGUUCAUUUUUCAAAAUGAGUUUGAAUUUCUUUGAAAGCCAGCUGUCAAAAUCAGUGAUUAGUCAAUGUACUUACAUGCUCUGUAAUAUCCAUGUGAGCCAAGGUUUGGUAAGGUAGGCUGGAAUAGGAUGCAAUGACAUCUUUGCUGGUUUCAAAUGCACCUUGAACUCUUUGACAUAAUGAAUUGUCUUUUUAUUUGCUUUUUUUUUUUUUUUUUGGUAAAAUGUGUAUUGUUUUCUGAUUCUUAUCAAUUCAAUGAAUAUUGUAACCUAAUAUAUUCCAAAAUUAUUAAUUUGUGAAAUAUUUGGCUGAUGCUAUGACGAGUGCUAAAAUAAAGCUGUCAUUAACACUA